GCUCCGGAGAGAUAGUCAGGCGGUCCGGGGGAGAAAAAAAAAGAAAAAGAGAGAGAAGAGAGAAGGCACCGGCGUGGAAAUGCUGGCGAGCUGAGUCGGAGCCACCCCGAGAAGCCGGCGAGCAGCUUUUUUAUUCCUCCUCCCGGCACUUUUUAUCCUUUUUUCCUGCCUGUGAAGGGCAGCAGACAGAGACUGAACCAGGGGGAAGGUGCGGGAGCGGUGACCGGGGCUGGACCACACCGGACCGCGGAGCCCAGCUCCUCCACACACACCGACCCCGGACCGGGGGGACCAGCAGCAGGGGCGGGAGAGGGAGAUAAAACCCCCCGGGAUGAGCAGGCAGGGAGCCCCGGCAUACACCCUGCGGAGCUGCGACUGAUGGAUGAAUGCGCUCCUCUGUAGGCGAGAUACGGAGACAGGUACGCGGCUGAGCCCAGCCAGCCGCACCGCCGGGUUAUUAUAGCCACAUAACACAGGCUUACCCUCUCUACACUUAAAAAAAAAACACAAAAAAAAGUCCAGGAGGACCAAAAAGUCGUGUUUCAUCCCUGUCCUCGCUGAGUUGGGCUGUUAUUUCCAGCCACAGGUCACACACUAACACAGGACUCCCGGGAGCGCGUCCUCCUGCUCCGCUCCGGCCACUCAAGGACACCGGGAUCUGAUCUGGAGGAGAUUUGUUUUGGGGCUUUUUUUUUUCUCCUCAAAAGUCGCCCAGAAGGACAUGUAUCUGACAUCGACCUCACAUGCUCCCGACUGAUCGUAGCUGCUCAUCUCCCCGGUAUAGAGGCUGAUUCCCCCCCCACCAGUGACCGGCUCCGCUCCGCGUCUGCAGCGCUCUCAGGAUGGCGGGACUCGGCUGUUGGAAGCAUUACCUCUGGAUCUUUAUUUUACUGUGCAGAUCGGCGCUCACCUCCGCCAAAACGCUGGAGACUAUCAUUUGGAGCUCGCAGAACUCCAAGUUUAUCGCUGGAAAGGGGCUCGUGAUCUACCCGGACAUCGGAGACAAGCUGGACAUCAUCUGUCCCAAAGCGGACCAGGGGAGAGAUUACGAGUUCUACAAGCUGUACCUGGUGAAGAGGGAGCAGGCGGAGACCUGCAGCACGGUGCUCGACCCCAACGUGCUGGUGAACUGCAACAAGCCCGAGAAGGACAUCAAGUUCACCAUCAAGUUCCAGGAGUAUAGCCCCAACUACAUGGGCCUGGAGUUCAAGAAGAACGUCAACUACUACAUCACCUCAACCUCCAACGGCACAGUCGAGGGCCUGGAGAACCGGGAGGGAGGCGUCUGCAAGAGCCGAGCCAUGAAAGUCAUCAUGAAAGUCGGGCAAGUGCCGAAUGCAGCGAACCCUGGGGCGCCGGAGCCUCCCGAGGACAACGCCAUCCCGGAGUCCAGUCCCAGCCCGCCGGACCAGGGCCAGAUCGGCCCGGUGGUGCCAGGAAACCCCGACCCAAGGAACGGCGGUUCCGGAUCCUCCUCGAACGCCGACGGCAUCCUCGGCUCCAAAGCGGCCGUGUUCUCGGCCAUCGGCGCCGGCUGCAUCAUCUUCCUGGUGCUCAUCCUCCUCCUCGUCAUCCUCCUCAUCAAGAUGCGCAAGCGCUCCCGGAAAAACGGCCACACGCAGGCCCGGCCCUCCGCGCUUUCCCUCAGCACGCUGUCCAACCCCAAGCUGCCGGGCGGCACGGCGGGGACCGAGCCCAGCGACAUCAUCAUUCCGCUGCGGACAGAGAACAACUACUGCCCUCACUAUGAGAAGGUGAGCGGCGACUACGGCCACCCGGUCUACAUCGUCCAGGAGAUGCCCCCGCAGAGCCCCGCCAACAUCUACUACAAAGUCUGACGCGCUUCACACAGCCAGCGGGCACGGCCAGGAGAGAGAGAAAAGAGAGAGAGAGAGAAAGAAAGAGGACGAGAGGAGCGCUUGAUUUACGUUCUUGGGAAGAAACACUUUCCCUUCGCAAUUUUUUUGGGGGGGACUUGAUGCUUCUUCAAGCCGCUGUUAUUUUUACCACCUGCUGCACAGAUCUGGAGAAACACGCACUGACCAGUAACCAGCGGGGCUGCGAGCUGCCUGAUGAAAGAGGUUUAUCCUGUUUGUUUGAGUUGUCUGACAUCCCCCUUGCCUCCCUCCUCCACCUUCCCUCCCCCCCCCAUCCCUACGUCUCCUCGCUGUGCUCCGACACAGGAGGCGGCGGGGUUGGGGGGGGGGGUGCGUGGCCGGAGCAGCCAACCGAGGGGACGGAGAGCUCCGGCGUCGGGGUUUUGCCUCCCCUUCUAACGGACAGGAUAUAACUUAUCCGGGCUCCCUGAAGUACCGUCUGUGCUACACCCAAUUAAACACACCACCCUCGCACAGCAGCCCGGAGCAGGGAGACAUGGGCCUGAACGCCACUCAGCCUGCAAAGUUUUUUUUGGUGCAAGCAGAAGAUGCGCGUGCGUGCGUGCGUGUGUGUGUGUGUGUGUGUGUGUGUGUUUGUGCGUGCGCCUCUGUACGUGUGUGGUAGUCGGGGGGCCUCGCGCUGGGCCAGGAAAACUCUCCAGGUAGCUCAGGUAUCUUACACGGUGUGUGAAAUAAUGUGUUCCUCUCCCUUCGCACCUCUGAUGUUUGCCUUACUUACUAUUUUUGAUGGAGGAUUUCCUCGAACCCUGAUUCAGUUCACAAAGCAGUUGUAUUUUGUUAGACUUUUUCCUACAAGUGCACAAUGUAUAGAGUUAAAUAAAUCAUCAUUAUUACUCCAUCUCUUCACCACCCAUGUCAUCCUUUUGCUCGCGUUGCUUGUCGUUUUGGUUCCUCUCCAGGACGUACCUUGACCUGGACUGUAGACGUUGAGGUGUGUGUGUGUGUGUGUGUGUGUGUGUAUGUGAAACUCCCUUGUCCUCAGCUCCAGUCUGGUAUUUACAGCCUGCUUGUGUGUAUUUCAGGGCGUGUCCUCCGUGAGUGAGUGUGUGUACGUGUUGGGGCUUGUCCAGACCGGUUCUGCUAUGUGUGGAGACUUAAUUGGCGUUGCUGUGUUACUGUAUCCCCGAGGCUUCAGAGGCGAGACAGACGGACCGACGGACGACAGACAGGCCAGCCCAACAACAUCUAACGUGAACCCUCCCCGGCGCUCUACUUGGCCCGACUGAGGACCGUACUGCCUGAUGGGCUUUCAGGGUGCUAGUUUGUAAAGACAGCAGGCCGGUGGGUGUCUGAUCUGUCUUCUGACGCCACACUUUUAAGCAUCGGCCGUUUAGUCGGGUGCCCACUGCCGGAGCGAAGGCGGGUUCCGCUCGGCCGGCCUGCAAAGGGAGGAUGCCCUAUAUAUAGGUCGAACGUUGGGAUACAGUACCGUCAGAUGCCCAUUGGCUGGCCGUCUGCAGAUGAGUCACCGGAGCGCACAGUCGGUGGCGUCGCCGGCGCGUGACUAAUCUAUGUGCCAUCUUUUUAUGUGCCCAUGCUCACCAGCCGGAGACGAGGGCGAGCGAGAGUGGCAGAUGCAUGAGGAGAAAAACGUUUCUGUGACUCGGCUUUAACCUGAGAGGAUGAUGAAAGGUGGGAAUCUAGGA